AUGAAAAUUGCUAUGAAAACAAUAAUUGAUAAAAUUUUGUUGAAUACAAAACAUCAAAUUCAAAAUGUUGAUAUUAUGACCGAUGAUGAAACAUUUAUCGAAAUUCAAAUGCAAAAAAAGUCAAUGAAAACCAUCAAGCCAUUGUUAAAUCGACUUAAAAAGAUUGUCAACGAUAGUGUACAAUUCGUUACAUGUAAGUGUUCCAUCGACGGUUAACAAGAAACAGUUUUUGUAUAGCCAAGUCAUGUUGGAGUUUGGCCGUGAAUUUUUUCUAUUGACAUUGUGCAAGAGUCUAUUUUUCAUCCUUGUAUGCUUUUAUAACAAAAAUUUCGGUAACAUUUUAUUUUAGAAAGUAUAAUACUGGUGAGAAGAAGGUGAACGUACACAUCCUUUUCGGAUAAUUUUAUAAAUAAACAUUGUUGUGACAUACAAUAUAAAAUAGAAUUUAGUACAACAAUAUUAGUAUUUACGUUUCAUUUGUAGAAUCGUUUCUAUAAUCAUUAGGUCUUUCAUGCAGAUGAUAUCUGACCAUUCAUUAUAAAUGAUUGGUAGGAGUCAUAAACUAACCAAUAAUUCCUUAAGUCUAUAGAGUGUCUGUAGUUGUAUCACUGUAAUUAUAGCAAUCAACUUUAUGCAUACGCAUAUAGUGACCUGCUAUUUAUCGACUUAGUUUUAUUGGUAAAUAUUUUGAAUAUAAAAUCGAAAUAGUAAGUAAAGGGGUGGACACAUUAGAAGGCCCAGGGUCU